AUGUGUGCAGCUGCAGCGAAGGCGCUGCAGCUGCAGCAGCGGUGCCUCUUUCUCUCUAACUCAUCUCGUGUGCUGACGUUUCCAAGACUCUCAACGGCAUCAUCGGUAGCAGCAGCAGCGGACCGCAGUCACUCAGGCCUUCUCCACCCUUCUUUCUGCCCUUAUAAGCAGCAAGCUCGCCAAGCGAGCACCACGCAGGCCACUUCAGUCCCGAACCAGUCCAAAGGCAGCAAUGGCGGCAGCAGCUCCAGCAGUACCUCUGCAGCAGCAGAUGGCUUCUUAUCCGGCACCGCUACUUCCUACGCGGAGCAGAUGCUUGUCGCAUGGCGCCGCGAUCCUUCAUCUGUGCACUCGUCUUGGGCGUCCUACUUUACAAAUUUGGAGAGUGGCCUGAACCCAGCUCUUUGCUUCACCCCUCCUCCAACGCUGCUGCAGCAGCCGGCUGCGGCAGCUGCCGCCGCUGCAGCAGCUGCUGCCGCAGCUGCAGCAGCUGGGAAAACAGCUGCGGGGCUUCACCAGGUCCCGGGAGCGACGGCAGGGGCGAUGGCGGGUGUCCCUGACCGUGCAGCAACCGCCGCUGCUGCAGCUGCCGCCGCGUCUGCUGCGGCCGUUGCUGUACAAGGCACUGCCACCCCCGCCAGUGCCUCCAUGCCAGCCAUCACUCCUGCCCAGCCUAUCAGCAUCAGCAGCAACGAUCCCCUUACUGCUGCAGCCACAGCAACUGGUGUUGCUGGCACUGGUGGCCACCAGUCUGUCCACGACACGUCUCGGCUGAUCCAAAUGAUUAGGGGAUAUCAGACAAGGGGCCAUGAAAUAGCCAACAUAAACCCCUUGGGGCUUCCCCGGAAGCCCCCCUACUGUUCGCUGAGAGCAGCGCAGCGGCCACUGCAGCUGACCCCCGAGCAGUAUGGGUUCACUGCUGCAGAUAUGGACAGGGUAUACGACACGAGGGUGCCUGGGAUGCAGGGAUUCUUGUCCCCUGACUCUCCUCCUCGACGGCUGCGGGAGCUGGUGGAGCGGCUGCAACAGACCUACUGCAGCAGCAUGGGGGUUGAGUACAUGCAUAUAGCAGACCCUAGUGUGUGCAACUUCAUUCGGCAAAAGCUGGAAACGGAGAGGCCCUACGCGUACAGCAGCGACAGCCGCCGCAAGAUUCUUGCGCGGCUUGCCCGUGCGCAGCUGUUCGAAAAUUUCUGCGCAGCGAAGUUCGCGACCACGCGGCGGUUCGGGCUGGACGGGUGCGAAAGCCUCAUAGUGGGGAUGAAGGCAAUAACAAAAAGGGCUGUCGCUACCUCUGUGGAAUCAGUGGUAAUUGGAAUGGCCCACAGGGGGCGGCUGAACGUGCUGGUAAAUGUACUGCAUAAACCCAUGCAGCAGUUACUGAGUGAGUUCCAGGGGGUAUCUGGGUUCGGGUCGAGCCAGUGGGGUAAUACAGGGGACGUUAAGUACCACUUGGGGGUCGAGUACGAUUUAUUUGACCGAGAUAGCCAGCGUAGCCUCCACUUGGCGGUGCUACCCAACCCCUCCCACCUGGAGGCGGUGGACCCGCUGGUGCUGGGACUGGCUCGCGCCCAGCAGUACUUUAGAAAGGAUAAAGAAAGGGGGUUGGUGCUGCCUAUUAUUAUACACGGCGACGCCUCUCUGGCGGGACAGGGAGUGGUGUACGAGUCACUGCAGAUGUGCGCCCUCCCCAGCUAUACUGUAGGCGGCUGCGUCCACUUGGUGGUGAACAACCAAAUAGGAUUCACUACGAACCCAGUGGAUGCGGGCUCCGGCAAGUAUUGCACGGAUAUAGCCAAGGCCGUAGAGGCUCCCAUACUUCACGUGAACGCCGACGACCCUGAGGCUGUCACCUUCGCUUGCGAACUUGCUCUAGAGUAUCGGCAGAAGUUCAAACAUGACGUCUUUGUAGACAUCGUGGGCUACAGAAGGUUUGGCCAUAAUGAGCUCGAUAUGCCGAAGUUCACUCAGCCUCUCACCUACACACUCAUCGCCAGAAAGAAGCCCUCGCUUGAAAUAUACGCUGAGAAACUUGUGCAAGAGGAAGUUUUAUCUGCAGAAGAAGUGUCGAAUAUGAAGGCGGACAUAUGGGAGUUUUACAACAAAGAAUAUGAAAGCAGCAAAACAUUCGUUCCUGCACAUCAGUAUCAAUACGCCCCACAAUGGAAGCACUUGGUCACCCCAGACCAUCCCUCCCCUCCACGAGUUACAGGCGUCCGUCUCUCUGCGCUGCGGGAAUUGGGGCGCCGCAUCUUUACCAUCCCUGAAGGUUUUGUACCUCACGCGACAAUCGCGAAAAUAAAAAAGCAGAGACUAGCGGCUGUUGAAGGCAAUGAAGAUGAGAAGACUCUUGAUUUCGGGGCUGCGGAAAACUUAGCCUAUGCUUCGCUGCUAAGCGAUGGGUUUCAUAUUCGUCUGGCUGGCCAGGACGCUCAGCGUGGCACUUUUUCUCACCGCCACGCUGUAUUACACGAUCAAGCAGUCGAAGCUCAAUACUGCAUAUUCGAUUCUCUAAAGGAUCUCAAUCUGCCCCACACGAUUACCAUCUGCAACUCACUCCUGUCAGAGUACGCAGCCAUGGGUUAUGAGUUCGGUUACUCGAUGGAGCACCCCGACACUCUCACCAUUUGGGAGGCACAGUUUGGCGACUUCAGCAACGGCGCUCAGAUCAUCACGGAUCAGUUCGUGGCCUCUGCUGAGGUCAAAUGGAACAGACAAAACGGUUUGGUGUUGCUGCUUCCCCACGGCUACGAUGGUCAGGGCCCCGAGCACUCUUCUGGGCGCAUCGAGCGUUUCCUUCAGCUAUGCGACGACAGAGAGGAUGUAAUCCAUGAAGAGAAUUGGGAAUUGUCGAGGUCGUCUGUUAUUCAGCAGCAUAACAUACAGGUUGUCGUCCCCACCGUACCCUCGAAUACGUUCCACGUACUUCGACGUCAAGUCCACCGCGCUUUCCGAAAGCCUCUAGUUGUAUUUUCGCCCAAGAGAAUGCUUAGACUGAGGCAGGCAAUGAGCCCCCUCAGAGAUAUCAUGGAGGGGACUCGCUUCAAAAGAUACAUACCUGAUGAUUCCAUCACUGACCCUUCCAAGAUCGAGCGGCUUAUUUUGUGCUGCGGCCAGAUCUAUUACGACCUCCAUGCGGAAAGAGACAGAAUUAGAAGUGAAUAUGGGACGUCAGAUAAUCCAGGGAACAAGGUGGCUUUAGCUCGUGUAGAACAGCUCUCUCCCUUUCCCUUCGACUUGGCCAUUCGGGACCUCCAAAUUUAUCCAAACUUACGAACAGUCGUUUGGGCUCAGGAGGAGCCCAUGAACCAGGGUGCUUGGUCCUACACCAGCAAGCGCAUUGAGUCCUGCCUCCGUCAUUUGGGCUGCCCAAACAGAAUCGAGCGUCCCAUUUAUGUAGGAAGAGAUGUAUCAGCAACCACAGCGGUAGGAGAUAAGGGCUUACAUGACAAGGAGCUGGCCCAGUUGCUCCAGGAUGCCUUUAACCUGGACUGUACGGACAACUCAUACUUGGCAAAAUAUCUGUCUCGAAGGGUACAGGCGGAGCAACGACAACAACAACAAAAGCAGCACCGAAUUCAGCAGCAACAGCUGAUGCAGCAGGAGCAGCAUCAAGAAGAACAGCGACUGCAGCAAGUGAAGGAGCCGCACAACAACUGA